CUUCUGGGGAUCAUUACUUUCUGUCUGGUGCUGUAUUUCUAUAAACAGCAGAAUGCUAACUACCUCAUCCUGAUUCUGCUGCUGGUGGCACUACUUGGUUCAGUGACUGUAAUCACGGUGAAGGCGGUUUCAGGAAUGAUUGUGCUCAGCAUCUUGGGUCCUCUACAGCUGUCCUAUCCCAUUUUCUAUGUCAUGUUCGUCUGCAUGGUGGCAACAAUCGUCUUUCAAGCAUCAUUUUUAGCACAGGCGUCUCACCUGUAUGAUUCCUCUCUCAUCACCUGUGUGAAUUACGUUUUCUGCACAACAUUUGCAAUUGUGGCAGGGGCCAUAUUUUAUCAGGAGUUUAACCACGAAGAUGUUCUGCACAUAUGUAUGUUUCUUUUGGGGUAGGUUUUAU